AUGAGUCUUGCUGAAUUGGCUGCAAUGAGCUACGAGGAAUAUAUGGGGGCUGUGGCCGAAAACGUCCACAAAAACUACCACGCCUGCCACAACAAAAUGAAAGAAGUCAACAAAUUGCGCCUGAACAUGGAGCGUGAGCGCUAUGCUGCAGCAGCCAAAUUCAAUGAGGAAUCAAAGGCUCUGUAUGCGAGAAUGAACGAAAUAGUCAACGGAAACGAACCGACUGAAGCCGAGUUGACUGGAUAUGUCAAGUCCGAGGAAAUUAAAGCAAAGGAAGGGUCCACUUUCGACAAGGGUAUUCCCGCUUUCUGGUUCUGUGUUCUUAGAAACUCGAUGUUGUUUGACUCAGCUAUGGGAUCUGAGGCUGAUAUUGAAGUUCUCCUCCACUUGAAAAAUAUCCGAAUUGAUUACUUGCCAUUGGAAGAUGUCAAGAAUAGAGAAGGAGAAGACAGCCUUAAGUUCUCAUAUAAAGUCCACUUCGACUUUGAACCAAAUGAAUUCUUCACGAACGAAACUAUCACUGUUGCUGUCUCAUGUAUUUCAUGUGACAUUGAAGGCGAAUUUGAUAUGCCAACUUUGGUCACCGAGUCUCCAAUUGAAUGGAAGAGAGACAAGGACGUCAGAUACAAAUUGGUCAAGAAGAGAGGAGGAAAAAGAGGAGGAAGAGGAAGACCAGCCGCACCAGUCAGACAGAAAGUCGAGAGUUUCUUCGACUUAUUCUACUCACCAGCAUUACCAGAAGACUUCAACCCAGAAGAUGAGAAUCAAGAAGUCGACGAGGACACUUUGACCUUCCACAACAACUUCAAAAUCUUCAUGGAACUUAUCAACACCGUCUAUCAACACGCCUUGAGCUUCUUUGAUGAAAGCAUGAUGGACAUGGACGACGGUGAAGAUGAUAUGGACGGUGAAGACUUCGAUGAGGACGACGAAGAUAUGGGCGGAUGCAAAUGUGGACAUUCACAUGCUCACAAAUGUGAGGAUGAUGACGAAGAUGAUGAGGACGACGACGAAGACGAGGAAGAACCAAAACAACAAACUGAAGGCGGAGACCAAGCCCAAGACGAAACAAAGCCACCAGCGCCCCAAAAUUGCCCACAACAGUAA